CCGCGAGUCGUGACGUAUCCACCGGAUUGUUAAGCAAGACCGUAUUCAGAUACAAUCCCAGAAAUUGUCGAAUUCGUUUAAGCAUCUCGCCUCGUCUUUCAUCAAAAAACAAAUAUUUUUGAUUUGUUUUGAAACUAACUGUGCCUUACGGAAAUAUUUGUAACUAAAUAAAAACAUAACAAAAGUGUUUAAAAGGCUAUAAAUGUUUAAAGAUUAUAAAUAGAAAAUUAUCCCAAAAGCUCUAUUGUUAAGCCAGUGCAAGUGCUAAUAAUUAUAAAUAGUGUAAACACAAGAGAGAGAAAAAAACAACUAAAACACAGGAUAUUCCUAAACUUGGGGAUUGAGUUUCACCUGAUUUGUAUUGCCACCUUUCGUAUAUAAUUAUAAUCAACGUGAUCACGCGCUCACACCAAGCAAAACAAAAAAAGGAAAAACACGGCGGAAAGAGACAAGCGGCAGCGCAGGAUCAAGUUUUGGCCGAAACCCAUAAUUUCGCCCAUCUUGCUAUCUUCGUCUUUUUCAUUUGGCUCCAUGGUGUCGCCGGCUUGACCGCCGCCGCCUGCCUAUAAACAAAACCCAAGUCUAAAGACUGAAGACUGAAGCCUUAAGACCCCGACUCCCGACUCCCGGCUCCCGGUCUCCAAACCCCCAAAGAGAUUCGAAUCCAGUUCUCCUGGUGCUUUUGUUUUGCUUUUGUUGCUGCUGUUGCCUCGCUUCGCCUCGCGUUUAUUGUUUUGCUGCACAGCGAACAGAGCCAAGGAAAAUAACACGGGGCACGGGGAUAUUUGAGGGGAAACUGGCCCCAAACACCCGGGAUCCCGUCUAUAUAGAGAAGGAGGAAGGCCAACAAAAAAAACAACACAACACAUUGAGCAGCACAGCGCAGCGCAGCAAGAACGACGAUCGGCCGAGGCAACAACAACUAAGUUGCAUUGCAGCCGCCGCCGUAUAAAAAUCAUCAGCGUCGUUGCCGCAUUGCUGUUGUUGUAGCCAUCAGACAUGGCGCCGAAAUCCAGAAAGAAGAAGGCUCAUGCCCGUUCGCUGACCUGCUACUGCGAUGGCAGCUGUCCGGACAAUGCCAGCAAUGGAACCUGCGAGACCAGACCCGGUGGCAGCUGCUUCAGUGCCGUGCAGCAGCUGUACGACGAGACGACCGGGAUGUACGAGGAGGAGCGCACAUACGGAUGCAUGCCACCGGAAGACAACGGUGGCUUCCUCAUGUGCAAAGUGGCCGCUGUACCUCACCUGCAUGGCAAGAACAUCGUGUGCUGCGACAAGGAGGACUUCUGCAACCGCGACCUGCAUCCCGUGUACACACCCAAGCUGACCACCCCGGCACCGGAUCUGCCCGUGAGCAGCGAAUCGGUGCACACGUUGGCCCUCUUCGCCUCGAUCGUUGUGUGCAUGUCCGUGCUGAUGCUGAUCCUGGCCAGCCUGUGCUUCACCUACAAGCGGCGUGAGAAGCUGCGCAAGCAACCGCGUCUGAUCAGCUCCAUGUGCAACUCGCAGCUGUCGCCAUUGUCGCAGCUGGUGGAGCAGAGCAGUGGCUCCGGAUCGGGACUGCCGCUGCUGGUGCAGCGCACCAUUGCCAAGCAGAUCCAGAUGGUGCGACUGGUGGGCAAGGGUCGCUACGGCGAGGUCUGGCUGGCCAAAUGGCGCGACGAGCGGGUGGCCGUCAAGACCUUCUUCACCACCGAGGAGGCUUCGUGGUUCCGCGAGACGGAGAUCUAUCAAACGGUCCUCAUGCGUCACGACAACAUACUCGGUUUCAUUGCCGCCGACAUCAAGGGUAAUGGCAGCUGGACACAGAUGCUACUCAUCACGGACUACCACGAGAUGGGCAGCCUGCACGACUAUCUGUCCAUGUCGGUGAUCAAUCCACAGAAGCUGCAGCUGCUGGCCUACUCACUGGCCUCCGGACUGGCCCAUCUGCACGACGAGAUCUUCGGCACUCCCGGCAAACCGGCCAUUGCCCAUCGCGACAUCAAGAGCAAGAACAUACUGGUCAAGCGGAAUGGCCAGUGCGCCAUCGCCGACUUCGGGUUGGCUGUCAAGUACAACUCGGAGCUGGAUGUCAUACACAUUGCCCAGAAUCCGCGUGUCGGCACACGUCGCUACAUGGCCCCCGAGGUGCUGGGUCAACAGCUCGAUCCCAAGCAGUUCGAGGAGUUCAAGCGGGCGGACAUGUACUCUGUGGGUCUGGUUCUCUGGGAGAUGGCCCGUCGCUGCUACACACCCAUCUCGGGCACCAAGACAACGACCUGCGAGGACUAUGCCCUGCCCUAUCACGAUGUGGUGCCCUCGGAUCCCACGUUCGAGGACAUGCACGCUGUGGUGUGCGUGAAGGGCUUCCGGCCACCGAUCCCGUCGCGCUGGCAGGAGGACGAUGUACUGGCCACCGUCUCCAAGAUCAUGCUGGAGUGCUGGCAUCCGAAUCCCACCGUUCGGCUGACUGCCCUGCGCGUGAAGAAGACGCUCGGACGAUUGGAAACGGACUGCCUGAUCGAUGUGCCCAUCAAGAUUGUCUAGAGCCUAGGUUAAACCUACAAUACAUAGGUUGCAUUUAGUUUUGCUGUUUCGUUCUGUAUUGCGUUCAAGCAUCUGCCUAGUUGUAAGUUGUAAUCGUAAGUUGCCUGUACUUGAGCGGAGCAAAGCAGAGGAUGUCCUUCAGAGAGGUGCCUAUUUUGCGAUUACUCCGCGAUUACGCCGCACUGAUUGUAAGCUAGAGGUUAUACUAUAAGAGUGCUAAGUUGACAGGAGCUAGUUGCUAAGGGCCCUUGCUAAAUCUUUGGUUACAAAAAUGCUUUAACUAUUUGAGAAAUAUAUAGGGAGUAUGUAUUUUUGAUUGAUGUACAUAUAAGUAUGAGAACAAAAAUCGAGCAGAAUCGAAAUUUACAUGUAACAUACUUUAACUUUAACUUUUUGUGUGCCAGCUUUUCUAUGCUUUAAUGUUACGAUCUAAGCCCCCAUGUUUUUCGGACCCCCCUUAAUACACAUAACUAUGUGUUUGUAUCUAGUGUUUAAGCGAACAACUUUGCAAACUUUGUGCAAGUGAAUGCUGCCUUUUGUAAAAUCCAAGGAAUUAGUUGCCUUAAGACAAAGUGUAAAGACAGGAGCCUGACUCCCCUACUCCUCGCCCCUUUCAGUAGCACAUUUAUUUAUGUAUUGUAGUACAUGUAUCCAGAGAUAUACAUAGAUGAUAAUACUAUAUUCUCGAGAAGUGCACUUGCGUCGGCUCUUUUGUUUUGUGUAAAUAGCAAAGAUGUUUAUAGGCCGCUAACCAUACAGAUAUAUAGUAUAUAUAUUAUAUAUUAUCGUUAUAAGCGAUGCUGUAAAUACUAUAUAUGUAUCCUUAUCUUUAUCUUUAUAUUUAUCUGUAACCGUUUAACUUAUCUCUUAUCGUUCUUAUCGAGUAACCAUUGUUUAAGCUAGAAUUAGACAGUAGACUAGCCAGUAAGAGAAACUACAUAAAGAAGUAAACUAUGCUAACUAGAUGGA